AUGUUGCGCGAACUCUCCAGGAGCCGAGACGACUCAACAACCGCUGCCUCGAUCGCAAAUCGCAUCGGUCGAUAUCGAAGACCCAGCAACACCCCAGCGUCGCCCUCCUCGUCCUUGCAGCCGUCCCCUUCCCCGCGGCAGGACUACUUCAACGCGCCAUCGCCCUCCUCGUCCAAGCACACCUAUCUGUCUCCCGAGGAGAGGCGACAUGCAGGUCCGGCAUGGUCAGAAGCCUCGAUCUCGCCGCAGUCAAGCACAGCCGUGUCGCCAGCGAUCAACUACGAUCGCGAGCUACCAGAUCUACCGCCCGACGCACUCUCGGACAUCGACGCAAACCAGCUCGCCCUGCGAAACUUGCAAAGGGGCCAGGACGAAGUGCGCUCCCGCCACCUCUCGCAGUACGAAUCCGUCUCUGCAUUCGCUGCCACCAGUCCAGCAUUGACAAACACGGCGCCAGCAUCCAAACCCGACAACUCAAAGCAGUCGGCUGCGCUACGCUUCGCUUCAGCAUCCACCUCGGCCGCCGUCUCGGCUGGCCUCGGUCUCAAAAAGCUGGGCAAGAAGGCAUCGGCUGCGCGGUUGCGUCGUCCAAACACUUCGCAGCUCGCUCAGGAGAGGGAUGCAAGCUAUGCUGCUCUUCGCACCCCUUCCUCCAACGCCGAUCCACAGGACGUCGCCCAAUCGCCCGCAGGCUCGAGCUACGCUUCGAGCUACGCCUCACCCUCACCCCAUGCCAACUCCUUCUACGAUAGCGCCGACCCGGCCAUCGGUCUGCCCUACGACGUCUCGCACAACGUUCACGUCGAUGUCGGCCCGCAUGGCUACACUGGUCUGCCAAGCUCGUGGGCGCAGAUCCUUCUCUCCGAAGGCAUGGACGAGCAUCAGAUCCGCCAGGAUCCGCACACCGCAGCCCGGCUCGUCGAAGAGAGGACCGAGUACCUCGUCCAACAGGCCGUCCAGAGCGGCGCAGAUGCCGACGAGACCCGUCGCAUCCUCUCUCAGAAGCUCGCAGCAGACCAUCAGCUCAGUGAAGCGCUCGCCGCCGCCGCCUCCGCCUCGCCCUUGCGAUCCCGCCCACGUCGCGACAGUGUCCAGUCCAGCGCCAGCAGCUCCUACAGUAGCGUGCUCGAAAAGGGCUGGGAUCUCGGCUCACCGCCAAAGCCUCAGGCUCCCCAGCACUUCUCUCCGCUUCCCGCCAAAAGCCCGCUGCUGCCGGACUUUGCCGCCGAAGACUACGACGACUGGGCCACCUCCCUCCUCAGCUCCAUCCCCUCGGGCGCCUCCAAUGACAGCGCCACUACGCGAUCGACAGCUGCAGACAAAGCUUCGCGCCGCCGCUCCAGAUCCGUCGGCGAACUGGUCGGUCGCAAUUCUCUCAAUGGCCUCGGCAUCGGCAUUGCAGCCGACGCCACACCUCGUCGUGCCGCCACCCGCGACAGGGACCUGCUGAAUGCAUCCAACGCCACACCCAAAGCGUCCCAUCGCCUUCGAGCCUCUGUCGGCCUCGAUGCGGAAAGCGCCAGUGUCACCUCGAUCUCGUCCAACGAAGCGCGUCACAUCGGCACACUCAAGCACGCCCAGAGCAUCGACGAAGAGGUGCAGGAGAGACUUCGCGAAAGCCUCGACAACGGCGACAGGGAUCCCGAAGAGGACGACGAGGAGGUCGAACUCGUACAGAUCGCCCAGGCUGCCAUUGCCACCAAGGGCGUCCUGCGUCCCGUGCGUGCCUCGCAGCUGAGCGCUCGCAAAGUGUCGCCCUCGUCCGGAAGUCUGGACUUCAACAGCCCGCACGCCAGCCCGAAUACAAGCGUGGCGGACCUCCAUUCGCGGCCAGCGCGGUCGCCGCAUGCCCACGCCAACAGCGUUGCGUCGCGACCACCAUCGUCUCUCUCGGACACGAGAAUGUCGCGCAGCGGAUCGACCGACUCGUAUGCUACCGCCAACUCGCAUGCGGCUUUUGGCAAGCAUGGCAGCCUCUCGCAUGCACCGCCACGCAUCUACACGGAGAACGUGUCGAUGUUGGCGGAUCGCGACCUCGCCAGCUCGCCGCUCGAGACAAGCUCGUCGGGACACUCGUCGUUCCGCAUUCGCAGUCCAGCCUUGACCGUCGCCACAUCCUCGCUCGGGCACACAAGCCCGGCAGGCACCAUGACUCGGGGCUCGCCGUCUCCGAGCCUGUCUGUGCGCGAGUCGGUGUCUCCAGAGGUGCCGCCCAAGGACGCCGAUUGGAGGUCUCGCUCGCCUGCGCUUUCCGUCUCUGCGUCCGAGUCGGGCGACGGCGCCGCAUCGCCCUCGGCGGCCAAUGGUGCUUAUAGCUACGCCAGGAGGGGACCUUCGUCGCUGGACAGCGGCCACGUCUCGGGACACCAGACGCAGGAUAGCUGGGCAAGCACGGCGCAUUCCAUCACUUCGUCGGAGGGCAGCCACGGCGUGACGCGUGGAUUGGGUCUGCGCGAGCGUCGUCAUGCUCCGCCUCGCAUCUACCCACCUUCGACGUCGACUCGAUGGGCACACAUUGCGCAUCAGGACGAUAGCAGCAGUGCAUUGGGCGGAUUCGCGCCCAGCCGCCGCUCACAGCAGUCGCCCAUGCACGCGCCUAUGCAGAGAAAGACGUCGGCAGACGCUUUGGUCAGGGCCGACCGCAGCCCCAUGAGCGACGUUUCGCAGGUGCAGCAGGUCGGUCAGCAGCAUCAUGACGACCGCAGCUCGAUCCGCAGCGCGCGCUCGGACGGAGAGUUUGCCGGCUUGGAUUCGAGGGACCGGCGGCAGCCCCAUCUCCCGUCCAGUGCCUCGCCAACCACCUUGGAUGGCCGUCCUUCGCCAUCGGGCUUCUUCUCGCCCAAGUUUACGCAAGGCUCACUGCAGAACGGUGGGCGAGGCAGCAUAAGCUCGGUGGGUACGUCGUCGAGAGACUCGAUGGGGCCUCCGCCUCCGCCGCCUCCGAAACCGUCGGUGGUGCGCAAACAGCCAGAGUACAUCCUUCCGGGAGCCGAUGGCUUCUACACGAUGCCCGCAAGUGUGGGAACGACGGGUCGCGACGCAGUUGGCAGCGAUGCUGCCAUGCUCAGCGCAGGCCGGCUUCGACCUCCUCCGCUAUCGCCUGCGCUGUCACCAUCGUCGUCCACCGAGGCAUCCGACUAUCAUGCGACGAUCGAGGAGUGGAUGCGAGACGACUACUCGGACCGAUCGCCGGCUACGACGACGUUCUCGGCUACGUCGCCAAGUCCUUCGUCGAGCAGCCGAGACUCGCCGCUUCCUCCACUGCCCAAGGAGGACGAGGAGGAGACUUUCGACUCGAUGCCGCAGGCAUCGCCCUACCUGACAUCUCCCACCGUGCUGGUGAGCUCGAAUGAGCCGACGCACAAUGCAUCGCAAGCGCCUGCCAGGGACGACAGAGCUUUGGCAUCGAGGACGCCGUCUGGAGGGCCUCCGCGGCUGGAGCUGAGAGACUCGAUUCGGGAUACUACGAGGCUCGAGGCGUACUACGCUCCGCCGUCGCCGGGCGAGUCGAUCGAGAUGCUGGAUGACGCAGGCUCAGGUCGCGGUAGCGCUGAAUCGGGUAUUAACAAGUCGGACGCAGGCCGGGAAGCGAAGGGAGAAAGCAGCCGAGAACGCAGCCGGGACGAUACACGAUCUGUGAUCUCGAUCGGGCCGCGGGCGCACGACGACGCACGUCGCUUUCCGGUAUCGAUGCACUAUGCAAGCGGCUUCGACACGGCGUCGAUGCUGGGGGACGAUUCGGAGGCGAUCCGGUCGUUCCGGGAGCUGAUGCUGGCGCGGCAGUCGAUGGACCUGGAAGACAUGAUGCCUUUGCAGAUGGGAGCCGAUUCGAGCGCGCCGCCGGUGCCUUCGCUGCCGAGCAUGAAAGAGCUGGAAGCCAAAGUGGCGGCUGCGAGCCUCUCGCGCCCAGGCGGCGAGUCUGGACGAAGGAGCGACGAGUCGGGAUCGAGUUCGCACUCCUCCGGACGGGUGACGCGCAGCAGCGCCGCCUCGCCGAGCUGGUCCGAGACGGGCGCCGAGGUGGUUGCGACCCGGCUUCCGGCCAAGCUUUCGCAUCUGGCGGUCGAGUUGGAUCUGCAGCCUCUGCGACGCGGGGUGCUGUGCGAUCUGGAGAUGAUCGGGGACGGCGAGAGCGGGCCGGUCUUCGCUGCCAACGACGUGGUGAAGAAGCGACGCGCGGCGAUCAAGAUGGUCAAGUUCGGUGCGGAUGCGGACUCGGAGCCAUCUGCUCGACUCAAGGGACUGGUGAAGGAGGUGGGGGUGUGGCGACGCUGUCGACACGUCAACGUGCUGGAUCUGUACUCGGUGGUGCUGGGUACGGAUGCGAUUUGGAUGGUGCAGGAGCUUGCGGAGCGGAGUCUGGCGGACGUGAUUGCGUGGAAAGAGAGCGGGGUUGAACUCAGCGAGGCGCGGAUGAGUCGGAUCAUGCUGGAUCUCGUCGAGGCUUUGCAGUUCCUGCACGGGCAGAGGGUGUUGCACCGCGAUGUGCGGUCGGACAAUGUGAUGGUGUCGAGCACGGGCGUAUGCAAGCUGAGCGACUUUACGCACGCCGGCGAGCUGGGGCCGGAUGCAAGUUGGAGGCAGUCGGUGAUUGGGACGCCGUACUGGAUGGCGCCCGAAGUGAUCAAGGCGGACCGGUACGAUACGCGGUGCGAUGUAUGGUCGGUAGGGGUGGUGCUAUGGGAGAUGGUCGAAGGCGAACCGCCUCGGGUCGAAUUCCCACCUCUGCGUGCGAUAACGCUGACGGCUACGCUGGGACUACCUGCGCUCAAGGAUGCGUCGUCGCUAUCGCACGAGCUCAAGUCGUUCCUGCACUGGGCGACGGAGAUGGAUGCGGAGAAGCGGCCGAGUGCCGAGAUGCUGGCGAUGAGCGACUUUCUCUCGGACCCCUGCAGCCGCGCCAGCAUCGUGGCGCUUCUCGAAGAGGCACGCCAAGCCGAAGCCCAAGCUGCACGCGAGGAAGCGGCGGAGGAAGCCGGCAUGGACGAGCCAAGAAGCGGUAGUGGAGGCAGAAACGGAUCGGGACGACGGGAUAGCUGGAGUAGCGACUCGACGACGAAAGGAUGA